AUGCUCACAAAUCAUUUAGCACUCUUGUCACCGACAGGGCCGGCCACCGCCCUCCCCGGUCCAGCACUUAGGCAACUGCAACAGGGCGGUUAUCGCGUAGGCGCCUCUGUCUACGACAUGACCCAUCGGACCUCACGUGGUUACGGCACAAUCAGCAGGCGUGGGGAGCCUUGUGACGAUGGCACACCGCGGUGGCAUGUGCAUUGGGAGCACCCACGCGAAGGACAACGCGACAAAGCCAUAGCUGAGACGUACCUGGAGCUGCCGCUCGUGCACCACAAGGAGCGCGUCCCGCCAGCUGGACUAGGUCAGCGGAUCCAGGUGGUGCUGGGCACACACAGGCCUGCACUGGGCACAAUCGUUGCAAAGAGCGGCGAUGGGUGGACGUGCGAGCUGGAGGGCCAGAAGAUCCGUCACAACUUCAAAGGCGCCUACCUGCAUGCAAUGGGGCAGCCAGCUGAUGGGAAGACGCUGCAGCUGUCAGAGGCGGUGGAGCUUGUUACCGGCCUGCCCCUGAAAGAGGUGUAUGACUGGCUGUCUGAUCACCAGCUCAACCAGGCCGCACCUGUGGAUCUGCGCCUAGUGAAGCCCGACUCGGCGCUGCUGGAAGAGGUGUUCCUCGGCACGCGUCCUGUGCAAGGGCUUGCUGAUGCUGAGGUGCGGGCUCUACACUAUGCAGUUCCAGCCCUCGAAGUUGCUGGGCAGCCCGGUGCUGGUGUGUCAACGGCAACGGCUGAUGAUGUUGGCACCAUCCGGAGCGGCCUGCAGAAGAAAGCGGCGGGCAAGUGGACGCUCAAGUAUGUCUGCUCCCAUGCAUCCAAGUGCAGCUGCCCGUACACGCUGGAGUUGCGGCAUCCGGCUGGCAGCGAGGUGGUGAGCGUGUGGCAAACAGCGCCCCACCAGUUCCAUGACCCCACCAGCGCCGACAGCCAGGCCCAGCUCCGCAUGCACCCCCGCCUGGAGGCGAUGGCCACCGUGAUGAUCGAGAGUGGCGCCACGCCCACGUCCAUCUGCACACGGCUGAACAACAUGGUGCAUGAUCCGGCCGACCCGCUGGGCCUCGGGGGCGGGACUACUGGGCUGCAGCACUUCAGCAGCGCCCGUGUUAGCAUCAUCCCGCGGCAGAUCUAUGUGCUGAUAAAGAAGCUGCGGCGUGCUGAAGGCUUGGGCCUCACCAGCGACGUGCAGGCGAUGGCGGCUCUGAUUGAUGAGCUGAGAAGGGAGGGCUCUGUGCUGUUCUACCAGCCCUACAAACAGGCUGGCAGGCGCAGCGGGGAGCAGCCGCUGGUGAUUGUGAUGCAAGUGUCCUUCCAGGCGCGCAUGCUGGACCAGUUUGGGCGGCGGCUGGUGUUCAUGGACGCCACGUUUGGCGUCAACAAAUACGGCUACCCACUCUACGCGUUGGUGGUGCAAGAUGAGAGCGGGCGCGGGGUGCCGGUCAGCUUCAUGGUGUGCAGCUCGGAUACGGCGGAGGUGGUGGAGCACUUCCUGCGCACAUCGAUGGAAGGGGCACAGGCGGCAGGGGAUGGCACCUUCAAGUACAAGUCCAUCAUGAUCGACAAGUCGAAGACGGAGAUUGCAGCGGUGGACCAGCUGGUGUCCACCGGGCAUGCCGAAGGAUACCUGCUCUGCUACUUCCACUUCCUGCAAGAUUGGGAACGCUUCCUCAGCAGCGGCGACGCGGGUGUGCCUAAGGCUGAGCGGCACCGCAUCAUGCUGGCGCUGGCUCGCCUAGCCCACAUGCAAGACCAAGCGCCGUUCAAACAAGAGCUGGCCUUCUUCAUCUUGAGCAACAGCCAGCAGCACCUCCCGGUGGCGCAGCGCAUGCACAGCAGCUGGGUGCCGUGCGCCGAGAAGUGGGCGUGGUGGGGGCGGCUGGACGUGCUGGACCUGCAGUGCAACACAAACAACCUCGGGGAGCGCAAUUUUGGCCUCAUCAAGUACACCGACCUGGAGCGCAGGGCGCAGCUGACGCUGCACGAGCUGCUGCUGGCGCUGCUGACAAAGACAGUGCCCCGCAACAUCCAGAACCGCGCCCACAUGCUGGCGGGGCGGGUGACCAGCGACCAGCAGCAGCGCGAGCAAAGGGCAGCACUGUGGGUGCAAAAGCUGGUGGAACGCGCUAUGGCGUGGUUACGUGGAGUGGUCAAGGAGGUUUUAUCCGGCGACACGGUGGUGGUAGCAGCGGCAGCCAAGCCCGGCCAGUUGCCGGGCGCCGAGAAGAGGCUCACCCUCUCCAGCGUGCUGGCACCCAAGCUGGGCCGCCGCGACGGCUCCACCCGCGACGAGCCCUUUGCCUGGCAGUCCCGCGAGUUCCUGCGCAAGCUCUGCGCGGGCAAGCCCUGCGUGUUCCGCGUGGACUAUGUGCUGGAGCAGGCGGGGGGCAAGGAGUUUGGCAGCGUGUUUGUGAACGAGAAGGAGAACGCGGCACUGAGCCUGGUGGCGCAGGGCUGGGCCAAGGUGCGGCCGCCCAGCGACAAGCAGAGCCCGUUCUAUGAGGAGCUGGCCAGGGCGCAGGCGGAUGCAGAGGCCAAGGGGCUGGGGGUGCACACAAAGGACAAGGAUGCGGCAGCAGCGGCCGUGCGUGACGUCCUCGCAGCUGACGAGUUUGAUACCCAGGGCCUGCUGUCGCGUGUGGGCAAGGGCAAGCCGGUGUCGGCCAUCGUGGAGCAGGUCAGCAGCGGCAGCAUGCUGCGCGUCACGCUGCUGCCGGAGCUGCAGAGCGCGACGGUGAUGGUGGCGGGCGUGCAGUGCCCCAGCAUGGGCCGCCGACCGCCGCCCACUGCGGCCCCAGCCGCGCCUGCGGCUGACGGAGAAGAGGCAGCCGCCACGGGGCCUGCCGCCGGCACUGCGGCAUCGCUGGUGGCGGCAGGCACCUCAGCGCCCUCGGAGGUGCAGGCGGAGCCGUUUGCGCGGGAGGCGCGCUAUUUCACAGAGCUUCGCACUCUGAACCGGGAAGUCAAGAUCGUGCUGGAGGGCGUCAGCCAGUUUGGUGUGCUCGUGGGCAACGUGCAGUUCCCGCCGCCCGCCUACGCUCCGGCAGCGCCCGCGGCCGCCGCCGCCAACGGCACGCCUGCCGCGGCGGCGCCGGCCCCGGAGCAGGACCUGGCCACAGCCCUGAUCAAGGCGGGGCUGGGCCGCACAGCGGAGUGGGGCCUCAACAUGAUGACUACAGGCGCCUUCAAGCUGCGCGAGCUGGAGCGGGCGGCCAAGCAGGCCAAGGUGGGCAUGUGGCACAACUAUGUGCCCCAGCCCGGGAACUCCGCUAAGCUCAGCGACAAGUUCACCGGCAUCGUGUCUGAGAUUGUGUCUGGCGACUGCCUGGUGGUGAAGGACAAGGCGUCAGGUGAGGCAAGCAUCCGCGCGCCGCGCAUGGGCACGCGGGAGCGCGCCCCGGAGCCCUGGGGCCCAGAGGCCAAGGAGUUCCUCAGGCAGCGGCUGAUUGGCAAGGAGGUGUCUGUGAGCAUGGAGUACAACCGCAAGGUGCAGCCCAUGAUGGGGGAGGGCGCGGGGCGGCCCGGAGAGGAGCGCACCAUGUCGUUCGCCACAGUCACCGUCACCGAGGGCGCCGGCGGCGAGCAGAAGGUCAACAAUGUGGCGGAGCUGCUGCUGGUGCGCGGCCUGGCGCAGGUGGUGAAGCACCGCGGCGACGAGGAGCGGUCAGGCACGUUGCAUGCUUGGGCGCACUACGAGGACCUGAUGAAUGCCGAGGUGCAGGGCAAGUCUGGGAAGAAGGGGCAGUGGAGCAGCAAGGAGCCGCCCAAGCCACACGUCAACGACGUCUCGCUGCCGGGCACCUCGUCCAGGGCCAAGCAGCACCUGCCCUUCCUGCAGCGCGCGGGCAAGCUGGCGGCGGUCUGCGAGUAUGUGCUGAGCGGGCACCGCAUCAAGCUGUACAUCCCCAAGGAGGGCGUCACCAUUGCCUUCAACCCCAGCGGCGUGCGCUGCCCGCAGCGUGGCCAGGCCGCGGCGGCAGGGCGCCCCGCAGUGGAGGAGGAGCCGUACUGGGAGGAUGCGCUGCGGUUCACACGCGACAACUGCCUGCAGCGCGACUGCGAGGUGGAGGUGACCAGCGUGGACCGGGUCGGCAACUUCCAGGGCACCGUGCGCUUCGGGCGGCUCAACCUGGGAGUGGCGCUGCUGGAGGCCGGCCUGGCCAAGCUGCACCCCUCCUUCGACCCCUACUCCACGCCCGGCGGCAAGGAGCUGGAGGCGGCGCAGGCCAAGGCCCGCAGCCAGAAGCUCAAGGUGUGGGACAAGGACGAGCCCGAGGCGGCAGCGCCCGCGGAGGAGGAAGGGGAGGGCGGCAGCGGCGCGACGGCCAACGGCGGCUCCGCUGAGCGCGAGCACUUUGAUGUGGUGGUGUCAGAUGUCACAGACGCCAACGCGCUCUACGUCCAGGUGGCCGAGGAGCCGCGCGUGACCUGGGUGGCAGAGCAGCUGGCGGGGCUGUCGCUGGAGGGGGCGCCGCCGCCGGCGGCGCCGCUCAAGGCCGGGGACAAGUGCCUGGCACAGAGCGGUGCGGACAAGCAGUGGUACCGCGCCGCCGUGGAGCGCGCCUACGUGGCAGACCCGACCGCUCCCAAGUAUGACGUUCUGUUCAUGGACUUUGGCAACCGGGAGCACAUCACAGCAGCGCAGGUGCGGCCGAUGCCUCCGGCGCUGGCGGCGGUGCCCGGCCAGGCGCAGCAGGCCUGCAUCGCCUUUGUCAAGGCCCCGGGGGUGGAGGAGGAGCACGGUGUGGAGGCCGCCCAGUUCCUGUGGCAGCUGGUGGGAGGCAACCGGCGCCUGACGGCGUACGUGGAGCGCCGCGAGCGGCUGGUGGCCAGCGGCAAGCACUGGGGCGCGCAGGCCCCCACCAAGCUGCACCUCACGCUGAUGGAGCCCGGCAACGAGGACUACAGCCGCAGCGUGGCCGGCCAGCUGCUGUCGGCGGGCCUGGCUCGGCUGGUGGAGCCCAAGGGCGCGCAGCCUGGCGAGACGGGCGAGGUGCUGGAGGUGCUGCGCUCGUGCCAGGAGACGGCGCGGCGGCGCCACGUCGGCAUCUACCAAUACGGCGACCCCGGCAGCGGCGACGAGGAGGACGACGGCGGCUUCCCCGCGUUGAGCAAGCCCGGCGGGCGCGGCAAGCGCUGAGGCCGGCGGCUGCCUGAGAUGGCUGGCACGCCCCAGCCGGCAGCUGCCCUCCUGAUAUGAAAUGGCAUGGCGGCAGCCGCUUUGGAUCCGAGGUGGCAGCCUGAGUGAAGCCUUCCCGACAGGCUGCUACCCUCCCAGACACAAAUAGUACCCCUCGAAGAGUCCCCCUUGAUUUGAGAGUGGUUUGCAACAGAAUCAUCC